GGUAGAAAUUACAAUGUAUGUGAAGGUGGGGGGAUUGGGCUGUAAUAGACGAAGUAGAUCAAAGGGGGCUUUUAUGAUCCAAUUAGACUUGUUGAGACGGGCUUUUUUAAUGACACAAUUACACAAAAGGAUUCUGCUUACUGUAGUAGGAACAAUGGUUGACACAAUCAGUUAACCGGAACCAAAAACCGUGGGUCAAACUAGUAAUAAUUGAAAACCGGUGACCUAAACCGCCCGUAGGACUGAUUCCACGCUCAAAUUUAUUCGCAUUUUUAGUAGCCAAUUUAGUAGC